UUUAACUCUGCAACUCCCAGCCUCGCUCAGCCAAACCCACGACCUCUGUCACCCCGCUGAUGGGCUGGGACUUCUUAAAAAAAAGAUUAAAAAAAAAUCACAUCCGGCCACCAAUCCUGAGGCAACGAGCAGGGCAGGAAUCCUCCCCCUGCCGCUGCUGAAUGCCGCAGGGGAAAACAGGACAGUCCCCAGAGUCACAACCCAGCCCCUCUGACACAACCCACUGCUGCCGUCCAAGGCAAACAAGCAGCUCUGUCCCUCUGCUCAUCACCACCCUGGUGGCCCAGCACCAAGUGUGACAGCUGACUGUGUGCCCCGGGCAAAGCUGGAACGGAGACGCUGGCAGCGGUGUGGAUGUGCCACGGGCACGGAUGCUCUGGCAGGAAAGAUGCCAGGAAGCAGGAGCUGCCACGGAGAGCUUGGGGCUGGGGGGUGAUGGAUGUCACUGUGAGUGGUCCCCAGCGUGGUGUGACCUUUAGCAGCCACAGGCAAUGCCAGCUCCUGGCUGUGCCCCUGCUGAAGGAGCUGCAGCUGACCGGGCAGGUGGCCGCUGCUCGGGAGGAGGAGGAGGAGGAGGAGGAGGAGGAGGCUGCCUGCAGCCCCUGCCCGCGGGACCAGCAGGGAGCCCUGCCACUCUUCUACACGAAACCAGAUCAAAACAGCAACACCUGCUUCCCACGCUGUGGUUAUCUGCACACUCGCGAGGGACCAGUGAGACACCCCCGGACGUGCCGCAGCCGGAGACAGAGAAGAAAGCAAAGCCGGUUCCUUAAAUCCUGGGGGCGAGAGGAUUUCAGAGCCAUGGGCGGCCGGCAGCGGCGAGCAAACGGGCAGCGAGGCUGGAAACCAGGUCACAGGCGGCAGAGUCCUGACCCCGAUGGCAGAAGUUGGUGGGAACACAUGCUCCGGCCCCAGCGCUCUUCCCUUCGGAGGCAGCAGCGCUCUCCGCUCCCCGCCGCUCGCUCCCCGAGCGUUCCAGCCGGCUGCAGCCGCGCUCGUUAAGGUGGAUGGAAGCGCCGCCAGUAUUUUCUCUCCCCUACCUCAUCUCCUUGCUCAGCAGCUCGGGGCUAUAGGGAGACUGUGGAGUUUCAGGAGAUGCCCGACGUUGCCAAGAAAUAAUAAUAAUUUAAAAAAAAAAAAAAAAAAAAAAAAAAAAAAAAAAAAAAAAAGGCAGGAGAAAAGCGAAGGGGCGGGAGCGCGGCAGCUCCGCUCCUGCCAGCCCGGGGACGCGGAGCCGGUGCCGUCGGUAUGUGGCGGAGCGGCGAGCAAGCUCUAAUCUGUUCCUCUGGCUGACCCGGGGCUCGUUGCAUCUGAAUGUGACCUCUAGACAGAGCAUUAAUAACGAACGUGGCGCUGACCCAAGCUGACAAGGGGUGCGGCGCUUGGCACCCGCUCCCGCCCUCCCUCGCUCACUUUCUGUCUCCCUCGCUCUCGGCUGAAUGUCAGCGGCAGGGGGAGGGAUCCAGGAAAACAAAGCUUGGCUAAUAGUUUUCUCCGCUCUCAAGUGGAAUCAAAGGCGCUUUUCUUUGGGGACGUGCGCGCCGGCGAGCCCGGUGUGGCACCGACGGGCGCCCCAGGACACCGCGGCCCCGCAGCUGCUGCCCGGGCACUGGAGCGACAGAUGGAGGGAGGUUUGGCACCGGUGUCACCAUGGCCAGAACGGGGCCUCUGCUCCCGCACAGCAAGUGGAGGCUUUGGGAGGAAGAGGAGCUCGGAGAACGGGGUACUGUGCUCAGCAUCUCGGGCAAGUGAGAGGAAAGCUGGAGGGGCAGCGCGGCAGGAGAGGGCUGUGGAUCGCACCCCCUCGGCUCUCUGCAGGUGGGGGCUUGUACCAGAGACAUUCCACGGCUCUCCUGCUGCCCAGCUCCACCGUGGGCUUGGUGAGGGCGGAGAGAGCCCGUAAAAGGGUCCCUUAAUGGGAGCUCACGCGGAUUAACAGACCAAGGUUAUAGGGGAAAAACCAAGUGAUAUCAUUCCUACACCCGACGGGACCUGGUGUGAUCCUUCAGUACCUCGUGUGCCCACACACCCUCCUGGGAGCGAGCACGGAGCCAGUUCUGGCUACGGCACAGCCAAAAUGUGCUGCAAUCCUGUUCUGGAGAAGGACCAGCCCUGUGGAGUCAGCGACACCACCCAAGGCAUCCCGAAAGCGUGGUCUGCAUGGCUUCCCUGAACUAACCCCAGGGUGGUUUAGAGGUGAUGCUGGCACCAGCCUGCCAUGCUCCCAGUGGACCUCUCAUUUGGUGACUGGACACAAGCACGCCUCUGAUGUGUCCCACAGCUACAAGGGAGCUGAACUUCCAGCACCUUUCACACCCAUCCUGCCACUUCCCUGCAGGGAGGCAGUGUCACCAAACAAGGUGUGGGUACAUGACCAGCAAGGAGUUGGGACCCCUGACCAGCUCAGCUCUAGUGCUGUCCCCUCUCUGCCGGCCCUGGCUGGGGACCCUCAACUCCCAAGUCUCCCCUUUGAAACAGAAAAUUCCUACACCACUGCAUCCACCUGCUGCAAAACCUGUGCCCUGAUCACAGACCUGCCUGGUUUUACUACUCUUGCCACAGCCUUUCUUUUAUGCUGUGUCCUAUCCUUUGACACCAGGGGACAGAGUCCCCCUCAGGAUGCCUGCUGGAGAUUUGCUAUCCCCUCUGGUCCAGCAUGGCAGUGAGUACAUGUGGAGCAGCCACUGCUGGCAGGCCCAGCUCUCUUCUUUCACCUGGUUCAGAUACUAUUCCCGCUCCCUUAUUGUUGAAAAAAUAAUACUCAAAAUUAAAAUGUAGGCAGCAAAUUAUAGUAAUUACCCAGCAGUUCCUCCUGA